AUGGAGCUGCAGCAUCGUUCAAUUCAAAUAAAUUCUGUUCGUUCUCUCACAACUGAUAUACUAAACAACCCGUCUUCAGCAAACGUUUCUCCAAAAGGAAGCAACAGCCCUUCAACCCUAGAACAAUUAUGGUCUUUAGUGAAUUCUCGUAAUGGAAUUAUUACUUCCAAUGCAGUUUCUGGGUUAGUUUCUCUUGUUCGCGCGGAAGCGUUACCCUGGCUGAGUGUGCUCAAUGGAUUCACUGACGCUUUAGAUACAGCUCCUUCACAUAGUCUAGCAGUAGCUAGUUUAUUAGAGGGAAUAACUAGUGUGCUCGUUUUUCAACUCGAAAGUCAUAUUGUUUAUCCGUUUAACGUUGCAGGUGAAAGAAUACAUCCGUUUAUUAUUGCCGUGACAAAAAAGUCUGAGACAUGGGUGCCCUUGCUUUCGCAAAUAGAAUUGAUACUUGAACCUAGUAGGGUUGCUAUUCAUAAUCCGUCAGAUAAAUUAAGGUUUUUCAAUGAUGCAUUGGAAAUGUUGAAACCUUUUUUGAAUUUUGUACUUUUGGAUGGAGUAGGAGCUGAAAAGCAAUGGUCUCUGGAAAUUAUUGAUUUGCUUUUUCGAUGUCUUCAAAACACAAUUGAUGAUGAUUCAUUUAUAAGAUUUCGUGAGAAGUUGGUAUAUUAUUUACUUGGAGUAUCGCAAAAGAUCCCAUUUGUUUCUCAUAAUUAUCAUACAAAGAGCCGUCAACUUCAUCUUGUUCGGUCUCUGGUUCACGUUUUACGCGUUCCUUACAUUCGAAAUUCUUUACAGUAUAAUGUUGUACAAGAAUUUAGUUUAUCACUUGGACUACAAAUUCUUUCUCUAUUAUGCGAUGCUCACUAUAAUAAGCAGUCGCUCAAUGAUUAUCUCCGUCUAUUAACACAGCUUGUUAAUCUGCAAACUGGGAUGGAGACGAGGCUCCCAGAGCAUAACUUUAUUCUCUUUUGGCCUGCACUUUGCUAUUUAUUGUUGGAUGCUCAAUCCGUCGAAUCUCAAACUUUAAUUAUAGAUCUUUUGGAUAAUUCAUUAAGAGAACAACGAAAAAUUGAAACAGCAGAUGACAGAAUACCUCCAAUGUUGAUUGACAUUGUAGUUUUGCCUUUGUUUCAAUUGGUUGCUGAGGUUGCGUCAGGAACUGUUAGAAAUCAGGCUAUGGAGUUAAUUCAAAAGAUUGAAAAGUAUCGUGAAGCAACAGAUCAUGACCGGCUUCUCUCAAAUGCAGAACAAAAAGUUGAAAAAGAGGUAUCAGUCUUGCUUAAAUCUUCAAGUGUAAUUGGAACUCUUGCCGACAUUCUAGCUGCCACGAGUCGUUUUGUUAAACUAUUUGUGGACACUUUACAAACUAAAACAAAAUCCUCUUUAUUAUGCAAUCUCAAUUCACCAUCCGAUUUACUAUUCUUGACACCCUAUUUAUUUCACACUAACCCUGAAAUUCGCAUAAAAGCCCUUUCUAUUCUCACUGCAUCCACUGAAAAUCCCGAACUCGCUCAAAAUCAAAAAAUCACAAUCUUUUUUAUUAUUCUUUACCUACUUCGUAACGACCCUCUUAGUUCAGUUCAUCUUCACAUUUUUUAUCAUUCUUUUCCUGAAUUAAUUUCUCCGAAUGAUCCGGUAAUUACUGCUAAAUUAUUGAAAUUAUCGUUGUCUUUGGUCGAACGAAAAGACAUUCAAAAAGAUAUGAAAUUGGGUGCAGUAGGAGUAAGGCUUUUGUUCAAGUUGUGGGAAAAACAAAAAAGAUGUUGGAGAUCUUUGCGAUUCGUGCUGAAUGAGUGGGUGCAGCGUAGAAAACUUAAAGAAAUUCUGAACCAACAAUCUGAUGAAUAUGAAAUGGAAAUUGCUGUUUUGGCUACAAUAAGAGAUAUUUGUAAAACAAAAGCGCGAGACUAUGCAGAAGAAUUAAUUCCUUUCUUAUCAAGCUUACUUCAAUCUGUUAUUUUAUUGCCUAUAAGCAUAUCUUUGAUCAUUGAAGCAUUGAAUGCUAGUGUCGAAGCUGACGUCGUGGAUCCUCGUGCUGCAUGGACUGUAAUAUUAUCAUAUAUUGCCGAUGCAACAAUGCAAUCAGAUUUAUUGAAUAAUGAUAUAAUCUUGAACUUAUGCCAAUUUUACCAAAUUGCUGCUGUAAAAAGCGACGGAUCCGAAGUAUAUAUUGCCUUCAAACAAGAUCUAUUAUCAUUAUAUAUUCGACCACUUAUAUUCCCUUCUUAUUCAUCAUCAACGGAGGUUACUGAUACAAUUCUAUUUGAGAUAUCACCCAAUAAGAAUAUUUUGAAACAUGCAUUACGUGCUCUAUCGUAUUUCCAAGGCCCUGAUAUCUUGAGUAUAUUCCCUGAAUAUCCCAAAACCUUGAUCUCGAAAAUACUUAUUGAAGAUUCUAGUGUCGAAGAAUGGCAAUUAGUAUUCAGCAAAUUGAUUUAUCAUGAGGUUGAUAACAUGCGUCGAGGAUUAUUCAAGGGCAUUUCAGGCGGUAAAUCUGCAAGUGUUGUGACGAGUACCGGAAAUGAAAUAAAAAAAAACCGAAUUCGACAAUUUAAGGAACAAUUACUUAAUAUAUCGCAAAAAGUUAUUAAAGAUUGGGAAAGUGGCACUGUAAAUCCUGGACUUCGUAAUGGUUAUGCGAUUGCCUCGUUAAUUGCUUAUCGGCCAACUUUACCACCGUCUGAACAUAAUUCCCAAAUAGAUAUUAAAUCGACACGGCUUUAUCGAAUGAUGGUUAAUGGAAUUCAGGAUAUCACGUUAACUGAUCAUUGGAUUGUGAGGGUUAAUACGAUAAAUUACUGGUGGAUGUUUUUUGAAAAUGGACUACAUGAGCUUAUAAUUGAUGGAAACAACGACGAAGGAAACGCAGUACAAAACUUGGUGAAUGGUUUGUUUGGAAAAUUGACAGAUGCCAAAUUUCCAGUUUUGUGUCAAAAUGUCAUCUUAGCAUUGGCAGGUUUAUGCCUCGCUCUCAAAUCUUUAAAUAUAUUGUCUGUACAGAUGCAUGCAGGCAAUAUUUUACGCCAUCUGCUUAGCAACUAUGUCUCUGAAACCGCAUCAACUAUGCAUGAUCAACAACAGGAUUGGAGUCUUAUUUCUAGUGAUGAAGUUCAAUUUGCAGUAAUGCUUACUUUAGGAUACUUUACGACAUUAGUUUCAACUGAUGAGAAGUUGAUGCGUGAAGUUAUCGAUACAAUGAUUGUACAGAUUAGUGAUAAAAAUUCAAGUUCCACUUCUGAAUGGGCUCCUUUCGCGUCUUGCUAUGGCCUUGGCAUUCUUUUAUCCCAUCUCGUUUCAUCUCCAACUAAAACAGUUGCAAUGUCAACUUUAUGCACCAACACCGUCUCUUAUAUCUCCGAUUAUUUAUCGAAAGAUGAUUUGCCAUUAAAUAUCUGUCUAGGCAUCAUGCUUGGAUUAGCAAACAUUGAUCGCGAGGAAGAACCGAUAGUAAAAAGUAUAUAUCAAAAAGCGUUGGAAACGUUGCGAAAUUUUGUAGAGAUGAGUGGCAAAUAUGACGGGAAUAAAGAAUUUGUGAUUGGUUCUGUUUGGUUUCUUGCCUUUUCGCAAGGGAAAACAUCAUAUAAAGAGGAAGUGGUGGAAUUAUUGGAAAAAGCGAUGCAAAUCUCUGGAAAAACGAUUAAGUGGAAACAACACUACUUUCAUUUUGCGCAAGCAUAUUUACAUACUCUCCAAAAAAUCCUAGAACUUGACCCGUCUUCUCGCUAUUUAUCAUCAUUCAACGCACAGAUACACUCACACUUACGCAUAAUAAAUUCUCCUGAUUCGACAUCGACCAGUCGUCACACAUCAAUCAUUACGUUAGGCACACUCGCAGGAAUUGAUUUUGUGUUAUCACCAUCUAUCAAUGAUGACUUUGGAAAUGCUUAUUUUUUCAAUAAUUCCUCAGACAAAAUUAUCGUCGAGGUGGUAAACAGUUUAACGAGCAUUGCUGGACUUGGUGGUGGUGCAGGUAUAGAAGCAGCCAUAAUUAGUGAUUUGAAAGGAGCUCGACUUGCUGCUAUUAUUUUAGCGCGAUUAUUUAGAAAAGUUGAGGUAAUCGAUGGAGAGGCUAGUGGUGAGAAUGUGUCAAAUAUUACAAAUACCAGUAAUGAACCAAAGGAUUAUUCUCGAUUGUCUAUAACAAGUUACUUGAGGACUUUGUUCGAUGGAUUGAAUGAAAUUGCCACGAAAGGAAACUUGGCCGAUUCACCAUUAUCCAUAGAAUCUGCUAACUUAAUUUUAUCCACAUUUACUUCCUUAAAUUGUGUUCUGCCUCCUGUCAAUUGGUUUAUCCUUUUAUCCAAAUUCAACAAGCCGACGUUCAAAAAAUAUAAAAUACAUCAUCAAUAUAUCUUGAUGGCAUCUCAACACGCCUCGAAGUCCGCCUCACUAAUGGAAUUUCUUAUACACACGUUGAUUGGCUUCCCUGACAUUAAAGAUGAGGAAAAAAUUGAAUUGAAAAAGCUGCUUAUUAAUCAUGGUCUUGCGAAAAUUUUGGAACUUUCGGGAUUCGCGAGUAGGAAUGGAAAAGUCCUGACUGAGAAACGAAUGGACGUUAGUAAAAGCGUGGUGGUUCCCAAUUCACGUGUUCUCGAAAUUGUUAAUUGCAUUGUUGCGGAUUUGUUUAAUAAUGAUGAUGCAACUGAUCAUAUCGUAUCAUAUAAUAUAAAUGAUGCACACUCUAUCGGAGCAGUGACUGCACUCUAUCAGGAUCUUGUAAAAAUCCUAAAAAUGGUCUACUCAAAAUUACCUCCUCCUAUUACUUUGGAACACAUACUCGUAAUUCGAUUAAUAACCCAAUGUGCAAUCCUUACGAUCGACGACCUCUCAUACUUAUCUUCAAACAAAACUGACGACUUGAAAAAAUACACAUUGACUAUUUGCACCCUUACAGAGCUUGGUCAUCUAGACGCUUCAAAAUAUCUGAACCAAUUACUGCAAGAAUGUUUAGUCUUCAUUGGCAAAAAUCCCAAACUGCAUCAAUCAUCUUCAACACUUUUAUUAUUUUCUUGGAUUGCGCGAGCAAUUUAUCUUGCUAUGAUUGGUCAGAAUACAAAACAGUUAAGGCUUGCGUGGCUUAUUCGAAUACUUGAUGUUUUGAUUGUAACAGAAGAGUUUGACAUCUUGGAGUAUGGCGUUAAAGUUGCGCUAAGUGGAAUCACAAAUACUUGUUUGAUUAGAGAAAAUAUAAAGAGAAAAGAGGAAAAGGAGGAAUGGGAUGACAAUAAGUUUUUACAGAUUGUUCAAAAUUCUGUGAGUGUAAGACGAUUGACUUUGUUAAUCCCAAAUGAAGUUGAUGUCGCCGAUUCGCUGGAUAUUCAGAUUGAAGACUACAAAAAAAAGUUAAAGGCAGCAUCUGAAAAUGGUAUUGUUCAGUUGGAUGGAAAUGGUAUUCGCGUAAUAGACCACAUGGAGGUAGCUGGAUCUCCACAAAAAGCCACUGUAGGGGAUGACAAAAAAGCCCCCGACACAGACCUCGCAAUAUUAAUUGCAAUGCUCACAUCACAUUUAAACUCCUCUUUCGCUUGGUACCAAGACUAA